AUGUCCUCUAGGAAGAGGCAAAAAGACGUUAGUGGACAUACCGCUGAAAUCCUUUCUCUGGUGUCUGGGCUUGCAGGCAGACCAGAACCUAGUUUUGCAAGAGACACUAACAGGGGCAAAAAUAGAUAUUCUCCUAGAGAAUACAUAGUAGCCAAUACAGACACAAUGAGUGAAGACAGAAUCAAAACAGCUGAGGCAAAAAUGGGUUUUAAUUCUCAAUAUUUUAUAACCAAGGUGCCUAGAAGCAGAGAAGUGCAUCAGUCUUGGAUAACCACAGUAAUGACUACAUUAUAUGCAAGCUUGUAUUGUUUCCCUAUAGUAUUUAAAAGCAGACCAGAUUUGUUAUUGUGCAAUGGUCCAGGAACAUGUAUUCCACUGUGCUUUGCUGCUUUUCUUUUAAAGUUGACAGGAAUGAAGGAUGUUUCCAUCAUCUAUAUUGAGAGCAUCUGCAGAGUGGAAAGUCUUUCUCUAUCGGCCAGAAUCUUAUAUUACUUUGCUGAUCAUAUAUUAGUUCAAUGGCCACAAUUACUAAAAAAAUUUCCUGGGACUGAAUAUAUUGGUAGAAUUGUUUAGCAGCCAGUUAAUAAAGUUGUAUGGUAAAUAUAUUGCUGCCUGAAUGCUUCUUAUUCUACUUCAAAAUUUAUGUCUGUGUAAAUCAUCCCCACUGUCAUAGCAUUUUGCUUGGUGCAAUGGCACAAGCAUUGUGAUUCAUCAAAGUCAAAAGAUAUACAACAUGUACCUCAGCUAGAACUCAUGUCAGAUACAUUAUAUAUUUCGGUUUCAAUGUACAUAUUUGUAUUUUGAGAGAGGUAUCCUAAUUUAAAGACACAUUCGUUUACUUAGUCACAGAACCCAUCAAUAGAAUUGUGCAAUGUCAAAACUUAUAGAAGCAGUGACAUUAAAAAAUACUGGUAUGAGAUCAUAUUUAUAUUUUUUACCAACUUUUACUCCUUCAUCAGUCAAAUGUAACACCCUGUUGGUGCAAUUGGCAGGGGUUUAGCUUGCACACACACACAUACACACACUCGCUCACACACUCACCCACACAACCACAACCUCCCUAUUAGGGGUGCUGCUUUGGUACAUUAAGGUUAUUUUAGAGGUGUGAUAGGAUAUAUCUGUCCUCAUCACAGUUCACGGUGUUCUUAGUCUUUCUUAUCCAGAUGGAUUCCUUAUUAAUUGAUACAUCUAAUUAUCCAGUCACUUUCAUUUGAAUCUCCAAAAUUUUGGCACUGGAUAACUUGACAUAAUGCAACACAAGAGACAUAGUUUUUAGGUGUUGCAUUUUAUCUGUAUGAACAAAAUAGUCAGUAUGUAGUCAGUAUUGCAAUAGGUGUGCUGACCAAGCACAUCCACUACACUUCAUUUGCUCAAGGACUUGUAGUGACCUUGAUUUGCAUAAAUGAACAGUUUUUCCCUUGAGUGUGUGCCAGUCUGCUGUGUAUUGCAGAGGAAUGCAGUUGUCCAGAGUAAUGCAGUGGCAGAAGUGGAUUUAGUUUAUAGAAGCAUAACGUUUCACAGCAGUUUCCUGUAAAAUGUUGACAAUAAAUGGAAUGCCUGUUGACAUAUGCUUCAUUCUAGUCUGUGGCCUCAUUGAGCUUCAUAGUGCAACAUUUGCAGAAGUGGAAAACCUCCGCCCUAGUGAAAGUUUUGCCAUUCUGAACACUCUGCCAAAGUGAAAUAUACUUCUACCAUGUCUGAGAAAAGAAAGACCCCCGAGAUGAAGGAAGAUAUUAUUAGUGAAAACGCUGAAGCACUUAAAUUGUCCAGGGCGUCCAACAUGGGGAAGCUAACAAAACUUUAUCAUGAUAUAGAAGUUUUAAUGGUUGAUUUUAGUAACUAAUGAAGCUAAUAAAAAGCAUUAAACUUGAAUUCUGUUGUAGCAUUAGAAAUUGUGUCAUAUGCUGAACAAUACGUAUAGACAAUUCAUUUCAUUUGUUGUUUGUGUUUUAGUUUUAUGGCAGUUUCCUGUAAAAUACUGACAAUAAAUGAAAUCCCCAUUGACAAAUGUUUUAUUCUGUUCUGUGGCCCUGAUGAGCGACAUUACAUAGUUAUGAAAUCUUAAAAGAAUACUUCAAUUAUCCUGUUUUUAUAAACUCCAUUUUAGUUAUGUUAUUCACUCCUGAAAGUUUGGAGAUAACAAGUAACACAGUUUUGCAUUUAGUUGGUAAAUGAUAAAAGUUCACAAAAUAUGUAUUGUGUCAUUGUUUGCUAUCAUCAGUGUAUGCUUUUAAAGGUUUGAAAAUAAACAAGUUGAAUCACUACUGCGUUUUAAAGUGUCAAAAUAAUUGCUUUUAACCUCCAAUAGAGCUUUCACCCCAU